CAGAGCGGGAACCUCUCCGCUCAGCCGCCCGCUCGGCGCUCCUGCUGCACGCACCCGAAACGCGGCUCACGACAGCCCGGGCCUGGCUUCCUCUCGCCUCGCCUCCUCCAGCUACCUCCGCCCGGGGCUGGCAAGCCAAUGAGGGCCCGGACUGCGGCCCUCGCCGCUUCAGGAGCCGCCAGGAGCCCCCCGUGCCGACCCCCGGCUCUACAGGAGGCGGGCGGACUGGACCCCCAUGCGGCGGCUCCAGGAGAGAUUCAGGAGAUUCAUGAACCACCCAGCUCCAGCAAACAGCCGUUACAAACCUACUUGCUAUGAGCAUGCCGCGAACUGUUACACUCAUGCGUUUCUCAUUGUUCCAGCCAUUGUGGGUAGUGCCCUGCUCCAUCGACUCUCUGACGAUGGAUGGGAAAAGAUAACAGCAUGGAUGUAUGGAGUCGGCCUGUGCGCACUCUUCAUCGUUUCCACAGUGUUUCACAUAAUUUCAUGGAAGAAGAGUCACCUCAGGACAAUGGAACACUGCUUUCAUAUGUGCGACAGAGUGAUGAUCUACAUCUUCAUUGCAGCAUCAUAUGCACCGUGGUUAAAUCUUCGUGAGCUUGGGCCUCUGGCAUCGCAUAUGCGCUGGUUCAUCUGGCUGAUGGCUGCUGGAGGAGCCACCUAUGUGUUUCUCUACCAUGAAAAGUAUAAAAUUGUGGAGCUCUUCUUCUACCUAGCAAUGGGCUUUUCACCUGCUCUGGUUGUGACCUCCAUGAACAACACCGACGGACUGCAAGAACUCGCCUGGGGAGGCUUGAUCUACUGCACGGGAGUCGUCUUCUUCAAAUGUGACGGAGUCAUUCCAUUUGCACAUGCCAUCUGGCACCUGUUUGUUGCCACGGCCGCUGCAGUUCAUUAUUAUGCUAUCUGGAAGUAUCUUUACAAAAGCCCUGCAGAUAUUAUCCGUCACUUAUGAUAUUAAACAAACAGGCACGCGUACACCUGCAACCUGCACGAAGCCUCUGGCGCAGUAUUACUUGGGUAAAACGAAUUCUGGGGAAGUGGUGAAAUAUAUUGCACAGGGAAAAAUGCACUGACUUUGAUAGUUUUCUGAACACAUUUUACUGUGAACUGGAGUGACAAAAAUGUGUCCUAGAAUUACCGUUUAUAUAUCAAGUGCUGGGCACAUCAUUCUCCAAGCACUUUUUCUGGGGAAGCCACCACCGGAAUAAAUAGGAAUUAUGCAAGAACAGUGAUGCACGGUUCUUGUUAAUUUCAGUGUGGCUUGUACAGAAACGUCCCUUUUGUAUCGCAUCCACUGUCAGCAAGUGGAGGCUGCAAUCCAGCAUAUGAAGUUGGGCGCAUGGAGUGUAAGCACGCCUAGCUUUGGGUUGCGGUUCAGAACAUCACGCUGCAUUAUUAGUGAUCCAUUCCACAUUAACAGGGAAAACAGUGUAAAAAUGACAAGUGGCCUGAUGUUUACAAUUUUUUAAAAUGUAUUAAUGGGUUUCAUUUCUGCAACUUUAAACUACAUAAAACUUUUGAAAUUACAGUUUUGAAUUGUGGAAGUUUAUGCGAUAGCAGAAAUGCUAUUUUUUAAGUUGCUUUCUACUUUUUCCAUGAACUAUUUAAUAAAACACAAAUCAUGGAUAGAUCAAUUUAGCUCCCCCUACCACUUAUACUCAUGUGACUUUUAUAUUAAAGCAAUUUUUAAACAGAAUUUUAAAAGUACACACAAUUGCUGUUCUGCAGUUGUUACUUAAAGUGAAACUUUUCAAGCUACAUUCCACAUUUUGUCCUGACAGAUAUACCUCUUCCAAAGUUUUUUUUAACAAGUAUGUAAUUGAUAAUUAUGAAUUUCAAAAUUGGCUCUGCCAAGCUUUAACCUGAAAACCUGCUACCCUCCACUGUAAACUAAAUUGCCUAAUUUGGGUUUAUUGAAGAAUAAAUGUUAUGCUAGCUAACAUGUGAAAUCCAUCAUGCAGUGCAAUUUCUGGAGGAGAUUGUAUGCAAAAGCAUUCUCGAAAUUUUGGUUCUAGCAAUACCGGUGGCCAUCAACAAACUACUGUAAAAUCUAAAUUAUUUUAAAGAGUCAGUAAUUUUGUAGAUGCAUAAGAUACUUUGGUGCUCAAACUGUGUGUCCAUUGCAAUCUUAUGUAUGUUUACUCAGACGCAAGUCUUAUUUUGUUCAGUGGGGCUUACUCCCUAGUAAAUGCAUUUAGGUUUGCAUCCCUAGAGUGUUCAAGAUUGCUAGUAUAGGAAAAUGGCUCCUCUUGGACAUAGUCUUAUUACUUCUAUCAUUUUUUAAAAGAAAUGAUUGCUAAUAAAACUUUUGAGUACUUAUAGUUACUGGUUAUGAUACACCUAAAUGGCCUUUUCAGGGAGGGAAGCUUGAAGAGCCUGGGACAAAGUAGCAAAACUAGGCUUUAGGUAUGCUGCUCCUAAGCACCUGGGACAAUGAAAUGUAAUAGCAAUUUGAUUGUAGAACACGUGCAUUAAAAAACAAAAGUUAGAAUCCGUAUUGUAACUACUGUUGUCCAGUUACUGUAGCAUGUCCCACUGUACUAUGAAUGUCUUAUAUUAAGAUUGAAUUUAUUCUUUUUCUAUCUUGCUCUUUUUCAUGUCAGUGUUUUAAAAACUAAAACAGAACAUGUUGCCUUUUCAGAUUUUAUUCUGGAUAUUUUGCCUGUCAGAACAGUAGGUCUGUAUUCUAGAGAUUUGGGGAACGGGGUGGGGGGUGGGGUCAAGGUAAUAGGAAUCUUCUAGGCUUGCCAGUGUGUUGUUAUGUAGAUUAGAAUUUGGUGCACUUAUAUACAACUUGCAGGAAGGAUCAUAUGAUCAGAUGAAAGGUAGGGCAUCAAAUGUCUUUUCCACACAGUAUUAUGUCAUAACUAAAGAUUGUCCUACACUAGGGACACUUCCAAAGCUUUUCAGAAUUCCAGGAAACCCACAGAGCUCUGGGAGAGUGAUGGUUGGGCUACUCUUGUCAAUGCAGCAAAUACUCUGUAUGCAGAAUUGCAAAGGAGGAGGCUCACACAAAGUUUCCAUGAGUAUUUGAAUGCCUGUGUUGAGUCAGGACAGGUUUAACCUUUAUGGUCGUAUGCAUACAAAACAGCAGGUUGGAGAACAUUUCUUGUGACAUCUGAAUGCUUGUCAUCUUUGUUGUCUUUUUUUCAGCUUUGAAUAUAUUCACUUUCUCUGAGUUGUUGUGCUCUGUUCAAAUGCAGUACUGUUAAGACCACUAAAGUAUGUGUAAAAUUCUCUGCUUUUAUCAAAACUAUGUAAGUCCAAUUAUUUCUUCUACCAUUAUGGUAAUUCAUGGUCUUUUCAAAUCUUUUUUUUUUUUUUAAGAGUGGAAAGUGAUUUGGUUUGGUUUUUAACAAUUGAACUCGCCAAAGUAUAAGUUUACUUCAGUCUAGUCCCUAAAGUAAUCUAGAUGUACUAGAUUAAUGCAAAUAAAAAUUUUGUGCAAUUUGGAA